CGACCGAGGGCUGCCAGACACGAAGUAGAAUGGCGAGAGAGCAGGCGAUCCGCGACAGAGGAGCGGGACUUCAAGUUGAGUUCUACGUCGCCAGGUGAAACAUCUCAAGUGUCUACGCCAAGAGGUCUCUCAAUCUGAAGCAAAACGUCUCAAAAACAUCGUGACACGGGCACCAGCCGCGUCGAGAAACGCUAAAGGCACGUUCACGGGCAGGUCAAGAAACGUUGCUUUACACUAGCUUACGUUUCCAUUUUCUGAAGAAGAAACGUUUUUGGAAAGUCUUUUGAAAAUGUGGGGGAUCAACAAGAGGUUGUUGCCUAUCAAGGCGCAUUACUUUUUGAGAUAUGCAGGUACUGCUCCUCUGACGAUGUUGCUGCCACUGAUGGUCCGGCAGAAGGGCAUCGACGCCAAGGGCAUCGGGCUGCUUUGGACAGUUAUGCCCAUCGUAGGGCUCAUUACCAACAGCAUCUCGGGCACACUGGCCGACUACCUGAAGGCCCACAGAACUGUUUUCAUCACCAGCCUCACUUUCCUGACGGUGGGACUGACGACCAUGUACUGGCUACCCCCCGUGCCUUCCUACGACGGGGCGGAGGCGUCCCUCGGCCACCCCGCCGUCAACAACCUCACGUCGUCCGCUCUGGCUGAGCUCAACUUGGGCGUCCUCGACGACGGGAGGAGCAAUGAGACGCAGCUCUCCUUGGAGGAAAUCCUCGAGAGCGACUCGCUGUUCCUGGUGGACCCCGAGAUGGUGGUCGAGGAGGGCCACGCGUUGCCGCCGGACCCCAAGACGGCGACGAAGGAGGGAACCGUCCAUGACACAUCUUCGCUCAGCUCUACCAUCUCCAUGCUCAUGCAGUUCCCUCAGUUCUGGCUCGUGUUCUUCGCCCUCAUGGUCGAGCAGAUGGGCCUCACCACCUGCGUCAUGAUCUCCGACGCUGUUUGCUUCCAGAUCCUCGGCUCCGAACGACACAAGUACGGCCAGCAACGUCUGUGGGGCACCGUGGGCAUGGGCUUGACAGCCAUCGUCUCAGGGGCGCUGGUGGACCUCUACUCGAGGGGCCUCCCGCAGCAAGACUUCCUGCCGAUGAUCAUCAUGGCCCUGGUGCUCAUGUCCGUGGAUCUGGCGGUCGUGGCGCGCAUGGACAUUCCGCAGAACAAGAAGGAGAAGCUGAAGAUGGGCGACGUCGGCAGCGCCCUCAUCCACCCGCAGGUCCUGCUCUUCCUGGUGACAGUAUACGUUGUGGGGACUUCGUUGGGUCUUCUGUGGGUGUUCAAACUCAUGCACAUAGAAGACGUGGCUCUGGCUUGGGAUUCGGGUUUUUCCAACCUCAAACUGCUGCAGGGAAUUGACAUGGGAAUCGAGACCUUCGGAGGAGAAGUUCCCUUUUUCUUCAUUUCGGGCAUGAUCAUCCAGAAGCUCGGCCACACCCCGGUCAUGGCCAUUGCGAUCGGCUCCCUGGCCCUUCGCUGCUCUCUCUACUACCUCGUGGUCAAUCCCUGGUGGUUCCUGCCCAUCGAGCUCCUCAACGGCCUCAGCUACGGCCUCUUCCACACCGUCAUGGCCUCCUACGCCAGCCACAUCGCUCCUCCAGGCGCCCAGGCCACCUUACAGGCCAUCGUAAGGGCGUGCUUCUCCAGCGGCCUGUCCACGGCAGGAUUCCUCGGAGGAAACCUGAUGCACUCUCUGGGCGGCUCCCUCACCUUCCUCGCCGUCGGGAUCUUCAACUUCGGCUUCUGCUUCGUCUUCGUGUCCUUGCAGUUCCUCAUCAUCAAGUUCUUUAGCCACAGGAAGAUAAAGGGUGAUUCUGGGUACAUGUCGCCGAGUUCUUCGACGCCCUCGGCGGAAGACUCCAGCGUUGGGAUCGAGGAAUCUUCCCCGGUCAAGGAGCCUCUCGUCGAGGACGUGUGAAGAGGAGGAACGAGGGUGACUUCGAUGUCAUUUCUUUGGUCUCGACGAUGCUUUUUCUCUUCCCGGAGCUGAGGAAUCCGAGGGGCUUUUCAGGGAAUAUUUCUUACUUUGGGGGGAACGUUCCUCUUCCCUCGGCGCUGCACUGGUAAAAAAAAAAACACUCCUCAGGGAAUUCCAAGGGCUUCUGCGGUAGAUCUGUAACAUUUCUUCACUCCUAAGGAAUCUGUUGAAACCUUAGGAUGUCCCUCCAGCCUCAGGCGCCUCGCUAAAGACUUCCUUGGCGAAGAUCUUCACGAGCCUUCACAGUCUUUUUUCCUGUUCUCGGCUUUCAAGCCAAAAGGGAAAAAAAACACAAAACUUAUCGACUUACUAUCUUUAGAUAUAUAUACUAACAUUAACCAACACUCUCGUAACACUCUCAAGACUGUCGUCGUAUAACACAACUAAUUUCAUAGUGAACUAAGGAGAGCAAAGUUCAUACUGUUGGUGAUCUACUCACACCCCGGCAUAUGCUUUGUAUUUCCUCGUCCAGACAAAAUAUUAACAAGAAAAGGCGACACGACGAAAGAAAAGUAACACGCUAUGUGUAUCGCAAAGUGUGAUGUAAUAUAAGCUAUUUUAGUGUAGAUAUCAUCUAUAUAUAAAAUUAUG